CACCGGUCGGUGCCAGUUUGUCCGCUUCGCCGUGGAUCAGUGUUCAAUCGUAAGACGACGCCGGAACAACACAACGUCGCUCCGAUGGCAAAGUGGCGCGCCUCUGUACUCUGCCUGUUUCUAGUGGCUGCGUCGGGUGUGGUCGACUUCGGAAGUGCAUUACCCGCCGAUGGACAUUACAAGGACCGAGGAUACUUUUUGGUCUCAGCUCAGGGUGUGGCAAGCAAGCGUUUGGAAGCCAUUGUGGACAGCACUGUAGGUGGCCAAACGGAAAAGAGAUCGGAAGAGAGCACCACAAGUGAACCGGGAAGGGUUGAGGAUGCCGACCCCGAAGAGGCAGAAACCGAUGAGCCAGAGGUGACCGAUGAACCGGAAGUGACUGAGGAACCCGGGGUUACGGGGGAACCGGAAGUAACCGAGGAGCCGGAGGUGACUGAGGAACCCGAGGUUACUGCAGAUCCAGAGGUCACUGAGGAACCUGAGGUUACUGAUGAUCCCGAGGUCACUGAGGAACCAGAAGUGACUGAGGAACCCGAGGUUACUGCUGAUCCUGAGGUCACAGAGACACCCGAGGUUACUGCAGAUCCCGAGGUCACUGAGACACCCGAGGUUACUGCAGAUCCCGAGGUCACUGAGACACCCGAAAUUACUGCAGAUCCCGAGGUGACUGAGACACCCGAGGUUACUGCAGAUCCCGAGGUCACAGAGGAACCAGAAGUGACUGAGGAACCUGAGGUUACUGCAGAUCCCGAGGUCACUGAGGAACCCGAGGUUACUGCUGAUCCCGAGGUCACAGAGGAACCCGAGGUCACUGAGACGCCCGAGGUGACUGAUGAACCAGAGGUGACGGCUUCACCCGAAGUCACUGAGGCACCGGAGGAGACACCAGCUCCCGAAACCGAGGAACCGGAAAACACCCCGGACCCAUCGCCAGCAACAGAAACCCCCGGGAGCUCUACGACUUUAGCGCCCGAAACGACCACGAGUGGUCGAGCGGGAAUCCUUGCCGCAUAUCGAAGUGUGUUGCUCCUAAUCGCCACCAGUGUGGCGAUGAAGGGUUUACUAUGAAAGCCCGAUCCGAUGACGGAACGGCCAAAGCAGUGAAUGUAUUUACGAUCGCCCCGAACUCUAGACUAGUGACUCCAAACCUAGUGUGAUCGAUCGAUGCAAGUGAACGAGUCAGUGACAAAAUCGAAGCGCAAUGAGCCCCCCGGGUAAUGAAGAGAAAAUAUAAUAUUAAAUUGUCAGAA